GUCUGCGAGGAUCCGACGGGGUGAGAAUGGGACAGAGCCCCUUGGAGCAAGAGUCGGACACCGCCGAGCGAUAUGCGGUGCAGUACUCUCUCGAUGCUGGGAAGCGACAGCGAUCCGCAUCUCCCAGUCUGUCACGCAGAGGAGAGUCUGCUCACCUUCAAGGCUUUUGUGGAGGACCAGCUUCAGACCAGCAUGAUGGUGGGGAUUAUAAUUGGAGCUGGCGUUGCUAUCGUCCUCAUCGCCGUCCUCAUCUUCUUCAUACUGCGGAAGAUCAAGCUUCGAAACGUCCAAGCCCAAGAAACCCCAAAAUAUCGCUUCCGCAAGAGAGACAAGGUCAUGUUCUAUGGACGUAAAAUAAUGCGGAAGGUGUCCCAGUCUACCUCAUCCUUGGUGGGAACUACCUCUUCUUCCCGCCCACGCCUGAAGAAAAAACAAAAGAUGCUCAACAUUGCCAAAAAGAUCCUUCGCUUCAAGAAGGAAGUUCCCACCCUACAGAUGAAGGAGCCCCCUCCUUCGGUGCUGGAGGCUGAUCUUACCGAAUUCGAUGUGGCCAACUCCCACCUGCCUUCUGAGGUGCUCUACAUGCUAAAGAAUGUGCGGGUUCUGGGCCACUUCGAGAAGCCCCUCUUCCUGGAGCUGUGCAAGCACAUGGUCUUCCUGCAGUUCCAGCAGGGCGAGUACGUUUUCCGGCCUGGACAGCCUGACAGCAGCAUCUAUGUGGUACAAGAUGGAAAGCUAGAGCUGUGUCUCACGGGACAGGAUGGCAAAGAAAACGUGGUAAAGGAGGUGUACCCAGGGGACAGUGUCCACAGUCUGCUCAGCAUUCUGGAUGUCAUUACUGGCCACCAGAAGCCGUAUAAAACCGUAUCGGCACGAGCGGCGGAGGUAUCUACUGUGCUGCGUUUACCAGUUGAGGCCUUCCUGUCCAUCUUCGAAAAGUACCCAGAAAGCCUGGUGCGGGUGGUCCAGAUCAUUAUGGUUCGCCUGCAGCGGGUCACGGUUCUGGCCCUGCACAACUACCUGGGUCUCACCAACGAGCUCUUCAGCCACGAGAUGCAGCCCCUGCGUCUGCUGCCCUCGUCGCCACACCCCUCCCGAACGAGCCCCGUCCGGCACAGCAAGAGGUUUGGCGGUUCCAUGGGUGCAGAGGAGCACCGGGAGACAGCGGCAGCGGCCAAGGGCGAGACGGCAGUUGGGGAUCUGGGGAAGGAGGGCUCUGUUCCGGUGCUGAGUCGUGCCAUAUCCAUGCCGGUGGACAUUGCAGGCAUUCAGAAGAGCCUGCGGUCCGACUUUGACAUGGCGUACGAGAGGGGUCGCAUUUCCGUUUCUGCCGAGGAUGGGGCACCUAUCCCCUCCGCCUUCACACGGUCAAUGUCACAGGACCAGCGGGAGAGGAAGUCUGUGACAGUGGAGGAGGUCCCGUCAGGGGUCUACCUAUACUCCGAGGAGGAAGGCAGCCUGGAGAGCCUGUAUGGGCCGGUAACCCCCGGCCGGCACACCACCACGCUCUUUGAGGAGGCGCAGAAGGAGAUCCUCAAGCUCAUGAGGAUCGAGGACCCAGCCUUGCUGAACGGGAAGGUGACCCUUCAUCACGCCAAAGCCGGGGCGGUGUUAGCACGACAGGGAGACCAGGACGUCAGCCUACACUUUGUGCUGUCAGGCUGCUUACACGUGUACCAGCGCAUGAUCGACAAGCAGGAGGCCGUGUGCCUUUUUGUGACACAACCUGGCGAGAUGGUGGGCCAGCUGGCGGUGCUCACAGGCGAACCGCUCAUCUUCACCAUCAAGGCUAUGCGCGACUGCACCUUCCUCAAGAUCUCCAAGUCCGACUUCUACGAGAUCAUGCGGGAGCAGCCUAGCGUGGUACUGAGCGCCGCACACACUGUGGCCGUGCGCAUGUCCGCCUUUGUGCGGCAGAUGGACUUCGCCAUCGACUGGAUGGCCGUGGAGGCCGGCCGUGCGCUCUACAGGCAAGAUGACCAGUCCGACUGCACCUACAUCGUCCUGAACGGUCGUCUGCGAUCAGUCAUCCGCAAAGCCAACGGCAAGAAGGAGCUGGUGGGGGAGUACGGGCGAGGUGACCUCAUCGGCGUGGUGGAGGCGCUCACUCAUCAGCCCCGCGCCACCACGGUCCACGCGGUCCGGGACACGGAGCUGGUGAAGCUGCCGGAGGGCACCCUCAACAACAUCAAGAGGAGAUACCCGCAGGUGGUGACCCGGCUCAUCCACCUACUGGGACAGAAGAUCCUGGGGAACCUGCAGCAGACCCGCGGGCCUUUUUCAGGUUCUGCCCUGAGUUUGUCCAGCAUGUCCUUCAGUCCUGAUGUCACCAACCCGGCCAGUAACCUGUCCACGGUAGCUGUUCUGCCGGUGUGUGACGAGGUGCCAAUCAAUGCCUUCAACCUGGAGCUCAGCCACGCCCUCAGUGCCAUAGGUCCCACCCUGCUACUAACAAGCGACAUCAUCCGCGAACGGCUGGGCGCCUCAGCCCUUGACAGCAUCCACGAGUACCGCCUGUCCGGCUGGCUCGCCCAGCAGGAGGACAUCCACCGCAUUGUCCUCUACCAGACAGACAACAGCAUGACCCCCUGGACGCAGCGCUGCAUCCGCCAGGCCGACUGCAUUCUCAUCGUGGGGCUGGGGGACCAGGAGCCCGCCCUGGGGCAGCUGGAGCAGAUGCUAGAGAACACGGCGGUGCGGGCUCUGAAACAGUUGGUUCUGCUGCACCGUGAGGAUGGCCCAGGCCCUUCCAGGACUGUGGAGUGGCUCAACAUGCGGAGCUGGUGCUCCGGGCACCUGCACUUGAAGUGCCCCCGGCGGGUGUUCUCCCGACGUAGCCCUGCUAAGCUGAGGGAGGUCUACGAGAAGGUAUUUGAGAAGACGGCAGACCGGCACAGUGACUUUUCUCGGCUGGCUCGGGUUCUGACUGGCAACAGCAUCGCCGUUGUUCUUGGAGGAGGUGGCGCCAGGGGCUGCUCCCAUGUGGGCGUGAUCAAGGCCAUGGAGGAGGCGGGGAUUCCCAUCGACAUCGUGGGUGGCACCUCCAUUGGCUCCUUCAUCGGAGCGCUGUACGCCGAGGAGCGCAGUGCCGUGCGCACCAAGCAGAGGGCCCGCGAGUGGGCUAAGGCAAUGAACUCGGUGUUUAAGACCGUCCUGGAUUUGACCUAUCCCAUCACCUCCAUGUUCUCAGGCUCUGCAUUCAACACCAGCAUCUACAAGGUGUUCCAGGACAAGCAGGUUGAGGACCUGUGGCUGCCCUACUUCAACGUGACUACUGACAUCACAGCUUCCGCCAUGCGUGUGCACAAAGACGGCUCUCUGUGGCGCUAUGUGAGGGCGAGCAUGACCCUCUCCGGGUACCUGCCCCCCCUCUGCGAUCCCAAAGAUGGAAACUUGCUCAUGGACGGUGGCUACACCAACAACCUACCAGCGGACAUAGCACGCAACAUGGGCGCUAAGACAGUCAUCGCCAUUGAUGUGGGCAGCCAGGACGAGACCGACCUCUGCAACUACGGGGACUCUCUGUCAGGCUGGUGGUUGCUGUGGAAGCGGAUAAACCCCUGGGCAGAAAAAGUCAAGGUGCCAGACAUGGCUGAAAUCCAAUCAAGACUGGCCUACGUAUCAUGCGUGCGGCAGUUAGAAGUGGUCAAGAAGAGUGCUUAUUGUGAGUACAUCCGCCCACCCAUAGACCGCUUCAAGACCAUGGACUUUGGCAAGUUCGACGAGAUCUACGAUGUUGGGUACCAGCAUGGUAAGCUGUUGUUCACUGGUUGGGCUCGAGGUGACAUCAUUGACAAUAUGCUGAGAGAUCAUCGCUCCGCUGACUACAAUGACAGCAAGAAGACGGACACUUGCACGUGUCCAGGAGCAGACUUCACCGACCUGGCCGAGAUUGUGUCCCGGAUCGAGCCAGUUCAGAGCUAUGUCUCCGCAGAGGCAGAGGAGUCGGACUGCUUUACCGAGUAUGAGGAGGACGGCAUUGACACGGUGCGGGAGGAAGAGGGUGAAGAGGAGGAAGAAGCUGAUGACCCAGAGGACCAGUCCCCUGGAGAGUGGGGACCCAACGGGGUCUUCCAGACGCAGGAUGAGGAAAAGUCGGUGCGGCAGCGGAGGAAGCAACCUAACGACUCCAACACCUGCUCCGAGAUUUCCGACUGCUGACAGGAGGGUGUAGGACUAACGGAAUGGAUCACAAACUAAGAGGCAGAGGGCACAAGAAACACAUGCUGCGCUUUUUGAUUUUCUGAAACAGGGGUUCUCAUCCCUCUCCAGUGACUCUGACCUCAGGGCUUUCACCAACGCGGACUGUUGCCAUGCUGCGUGUUCUUUGACCAGUGAUGGCAGUUAUCCGGGCGCUGCAGAAGAGAAAGGAGGUUUAAGAGAACGGUGACUCCAGCUCUGUGUGUUUACGUGCAAGCAAGUGCAUUUCAACUUGUUAUACCAAGCCUUUGGUGCUUCUCUGCUUGCAGUGGGGGGGAGGGGGCAGGCAAGUUGGAGCACAUUUACAGGGAGGUGUGGCUGGGAUCACUAAAGACCCCACAUCUCCCACCCAAAGCUCAGUAAUAUCCCAUAACACUUCAUGAUCACUGUGUCAAACCUGCUGUUGCAGGGAGUACUCUAUAUGCUACCACUCCCCUAUGUAUAUACACCCUUUUAGGAUAAAGACAGAUCUAAAUGGAAUGCAGAAGUCCUAACUCCAGAACUUAAUACUAAUGCAGUUCAGUUUUUUGGGCUGAAAUGUGUACACACCAAUACAUUCAUAUGCACAGCAUUGUUUGCCAGAGUACCAUAUUUUGUUCUAUUUUUAAUGGCCUUUAACUUUAAAUUCACUAUGGAAGGAUUGUAUAUAUUCCUUUUUUUUUUUUUUUUUUUAACAUGGCUUAGCUUUUUUUGCACUGAUACAGAUGUAGAAUAAUCCUCAUGGGAGUUUGUUUUAUUUUGGAUAUGCUAUUGAAUGGCAAUAGAGAUGUAAAACUAAUGAGAAUUUAAGUUAUAUGAUGGAAACAAACCAAUUAAUAAAACUACAUUAAACAUGGCCUAUGCUCCUGUUGG